AUGUUUCUCAAACCACUGCAUGGGCGAUGCCGUGAGAAGCAAGGCUCAUAUUCGUUGACGGCAUUCACCGAUUGGGGUACCUGCUGCUUUCCUGAAAUAGAAGAUUUUCUCAGGGAAAUUCUUCAGAAGCGCAGCGAUGCAGUAGACGAUGAGAAGUAUUGGAGCAUGGUAUUCUUGUGCUUAAUGCUGGGCCGGAUAGAUGAACUGGAGAAGCUUCUUUCGUGCAGUGCCAAUAAAACCGACGAAUGCUAUUUGAGCAUUAUCGAACUGCUCAAGAAAUGUCCCUUAAAAUUGAAGGCUUUGAGUGGUACAACUCUUUCUUCGUGGUACUUUGAAGUAUUCGAUCAAUUGGAAAGUGGCCGCUAUGCAAGUUGCCCGCGAUUGGAACAGAUAAUUCGCGUGUUUGCAGAUGAUGAAACUGUGUAUCAUGAGCUAUCUCCUUUGUGCCUUAAUUGGAAGCAGGUCUUUAUCAGCCGUAGCAUCUAUUCAUCCGCGUCGUUCGACGCCUCCUGUCUUAUGGCGCUGGCAGAGUUUGCUAUGAAAACCACAGCUACCAAAACGUUGGAUGUAAAAGACGAAAUUUUUCUCGCUGUUUUUUCAUUUGAUCCUAUCAGACUUUUGCACAAACUCUGUCAAUCUUUGCACAACUGGUGGCUACCUGCUCACUUAGCCGACAUGUUCAGAUAUUCUGAUUUUUUUAGUGGUGAUCUUAGAAGACAUAAAUUGAAAAAUAUGCUUGAACGAAUUUCGAUUCCUUCUGAUUACAAGGCAUUAAAGUUAGUCGGAUUAUGUCGCAGUUUGAAUUUUACAGAUCUAGCUUUGGAUUUAUGCAGGAAUUAUUCGUACAAAUACCUGAAGGAAGGAAAGAUAAACUGCGCCUUUAAAUGGUGCUUAGCUUCUGCGGUAAGUUAUUUAACAUAUUUUAAGUACAAUGUUGGUGUAUGUUUUAAUAAUCAUAGCAGUUGUCGAGGUUUACAGCAAUUGUAAAG